CUUCUCAAAAUCAAAAACCCUAAAUCUCAGUCGUCAUCCACAUUCUCACUUAUUUCCAUUUUCCUUUCAUCCGCCAUUCACAACCCUAAUAAUCAUCUACAACAUCUGUGGCGAUUUCAUCCUAUAAUCUGAUUCAGAUCCUAUCAAAAUUGUUACCUUUCACAAAUACUUAAUCUGGAGGAGGUGAUUGUCAUGGAAGUGAUUAUUCAAAACCCUAAAUCGUAACAAGAUGAAAUGUAUCCAGGUGUCGGUUCAACAAUUGGAGCUGUUGUUUGCAUUCUCGUGGGUACGCUUGCGCGAGAGCAUUCGGGUCCCGCUCUAGCCUUUUCUUUCCUAAUAGCUGGAAUAGCAGCUGCUCUAUCCGCCUUUUGUUAUGCUGAGUUGGCGAGUCGUUGCCCUUCGGCUGGAAGUGUGUAUCAUUAUUCUUACAUCUGUGUCGGAGAAGGCCUUGCUUGGAUAAUCGGUUGGGCUUUGAUUUUGGAAUAUACAAUCGGCGGAUCUGCAGUCGCCCGUGGUAUUUCUCCUAAUCUGGCAUUGCUUUUUGGGGGCCCGGAUAGUCUUCCGCCUUUUCUUGCCCGAUAUACUGUUCUUGCACUUGGUAUGGCGGUCGACCCUUGUGCAGCCAUUUUGGUGUUUGUUGUUACCGCGCUAUUAUGUGUGGGAAUCAAGGAGGGCCUCCAAUCUUAUGAGAGAAGCAGGUAUUUCCUAUUCAUGGACCACAUAUCUUUGUUCAACAAAAUUAAUUACUUUUACAAGGAUGGAUAUGAUAUCUGGUUAAUUGCAUUUCCAAUAGUUGAACGCAAUCAUCAGCUGAAUACACGAACACACUACACACUCGUUUUUAUGUUCGGAGCCGAGCCGACUUAACGCCUUACAUUUGUUCCAACACAGCACAGUGGUUUUACUUCAUAUUGCUUUAGCUUCGGCAGAUAUGCCCACUUCAGAACGCCCCUCAAAAACCAAGAUUUCCGAAUAUUACGUUGCUACAUUUCAUAUUUUUUUAGUGUUUUUUAUGUUAAAAGCCUAGCCGAUUUAACGCGUAACAUUUGUUCCAACACAUCACAGCGGUUUUCCUUCAUAUUGCUUUAGCUUCGGCAGAUAUUCCCACUUCAGAACGCCCCUCAACAACCAUGAACUUUUAACAGAUUAUAUCAGGAAAUUGUGAGCAGAGAUGACAUAAAGACAUGGUCACAAGAGCAAAUAAGAUUGUUU